GGGACGGGCCGGGGCGGGGCGCGGCAGCAGGAAACGGGGCGGGGACUCGCGGAGGCGUUGGGGAGCGAGGGAGGGCGCGGCCAACUCCCGGAGGGACGGCAGGCCGAGAGAGCGGCGCCCGGGUCUGGCGCCGAGCCUGAGCCCGCCGGACGGGAGGCGGCCCAGCCGCGGGCUCGGCCUCGGCCCCAGUCCCGCCAGCAUGGCCGGCCGGACCGUGCGGGCCGAGACCCGGAGCCGGGCCAAAGAUGACAUCAAGAAGGUGAUGGCGACCAUCGAGAAGGUCCGGAGAUGGGAGAAGCGCUGGGUGACCGUGGGCGACACUUCCCUUCGUAUCUUCAAGUGGGUGCCAGUGGUGGACCCCCAGGAGGAGGAACGACGGAGGGCAGGUGGCGGGACAGAGAGAUCCCGAGGCCGGGAGCGGCGGGGCAGGGGCACCAGUCCCCGAGGGGGUGGUCCCCUCAUCCUGCUGGAUCUCAAUGAUGAAAACAGUAACCAGAGUUUCCAUUCGGAAGGCUCCCUGCAAAAGGGCACCGAGCCCAGCCCUGGGGGUACCCCCCAGCCCAGCCGCCCUGUGUCACCUGCUGGACCACCAGAAGGGGUCCCAGAGGAUGCUCAGCCCCCACGGCUGGGCCAAGAGAGAGAUCCUGGGGGCAUCACUGCAGGCAGCACGGAUGAACCCCCAAUGCUGACCAAGGAGGAGCCUGUUCCAGAAUUGCUGGAGGCUGAGGAUUCAGGAGUGAGAAUGACCAGAAGAGCCCUCCACGAGAAAGGUCUGAAGACAGAGCCCCUCAGGAGGCUCCUUCCCAGAAGAGGCCUCCGGACAAAUGCCCGGCCAGGUUCCAUGGUGCUGCCAGACACCAGAGCCCCUGGGGGAGGAAGCAAGACCCCGAGGGCACCCAGGACGAUCCCCCAGGGGAAGGGGAGGUGAGUGGGCUCCCCAGGCAAGGUGAGGCCCCUAGGUCUCUCUUGGCCGCCCCAAGAUCCAGCCACCUGCCCAUGCCCUAGGGUGGAAGGAGCCUCCCAACCCUACAGCUACAGCAGGAACUUCGGGGGGCGAGCUGCCCUAGCCUGCCCCGCACCUAAGGUCACAGCACCCAUCUUGCUUGCCACUGACCCCCGCGCAGUGAGCGGGUUCCCCUGGCACCCCAAGUGUGAAAAGGGCUCGGGCACAACUGGGACCACACCCAGCGCCUGAGGACACUUGGCCACGAAGGCUCCGCCAUGCCCACCUCUGUCACCAGCGCGCUCACCCCGCGUCUGCUGGCUUCCAGCCUCCUGUGACACUGCCAGCCACCCCCCCCGGGGGGGGCACACGUGAAAACCAUGCAGCACCCCGCCCCCACUGAACCCCCAUCUCCCACCCCAAACACCACCUCCCCCACCUCCACUCCAGCCCCACCUCAACCCCAAACCCAGCUCCACCCUGGGCGGGCCCAUGGAUGCCAGGCCUGGGGCAGGGUUACCUCAAGCACCAGAGGACAUGCUUCAAGAGCUUCCGCCUGGUGCCAACCUCGCCAGUCCCCUGGGAACCACGUGGGACAGAGGCCUUUCUGCCCUGGUGCCCACUCUCCUCACAGCCUGGCCCCGCAGGGACCAGAGAAGGCGUCCUGGGCUAGUGUGUGUGUGUUGGGAGGGGGUAUCCCAGGGUUCUGGCAGAGCCCAGAGACCUGGAAAAUCCUCACCUGCAGAAGGAUGGGGGCACAGGAGCCCUGAGUGGUUCCAAGGGCUUCCACGGACUCCACCACUGGGCCUGUCACAUUAGCAAAUAAUGUCUCCCGUUUAUUGAGAGCUUACUCUGUGCUAGGCAUUGUGAUUUACAUCGAUAUCUCAUUUAAUCCUCACAACAUCCCAGUGACACUGGUGUUUUCAUUAUCAACAUUUUACAGAUGGAGAAACUAAGUCUCAGAGAGGUUAAAGGACCUGCCCAAAGUCACACAGCCCAUAUGUGGCACAGAACCAGCAUACAGAUCCAGGUCUGCCCACCUGAUUCCACAGCUCACCCUGCUUGCUGUAGCCCUUCUUCGGGUACAAGAGUGAAAGUGCAGGUUUGACAGGGCAUCCAUUUAUGGAGCAUCCAUUUUUCUCAUGAUAAUUGCACAAAACUUUGUGUAUUAAAAUGAGCAGAUACUCUCUGGAAUGAGAUUGAGAUAAAACUUGAGCCUUCAGACAUCCCACAUUAAGACCAAUACUUCAGGCUCAGCCCAUGGAUCCCUGAAGUAACCUCUUCUCAGAAUCUUUGCCUUUAGAGGGAUAUUGGCCAAGGAAGCUCUAUUCCUGGAUCUGCUCCUAUGCAGAGACUUCCUGAAAACCAAGAAAGAUGGCCUCGUAGUUUGCCAUCCCAGGAGCUGCUUGGAAGCUCAUCCACUUCCUCUGGGCUAAAGUUUCUAAUUUCCCAACAGAUGCUCAUCUUCAGGGUUUAGAAAUGAGAAAUUGCAAUUCUUUGGAAUUCCUGAAAUCAUAUUAUUCUGUAUUUUUCAUAAUUUUCUGUAUUCUUUAAAAUAAAUGAGAGUAGUUACAAAGAACUGUAGGCUAGAGCAAAUAUUGAAAAACCAAAAAAUAUCAAAGAACAUUAUUGGGUAGUAUUUUAAUAACAAAAUGUUAAAUCUUCAUCAAGAUAACUGUACCACACAGAAGUAUGUGUUGAAAUUGCCAAUUUGAAGACUUGUUUCCAAAAUUUAUUUCUGGGAGCAUCAUUCAUAGAAUUUGUAUGAGAUAUAUGAUGCAUGUAAACAGAUUAAUAUUCUGUUUACAAUAUCAAGAGUCACAUGCUCCUCUUACUGAACCGGCCAGGCACCCCCACUUCUCUCCUCCUGACCCAAGUUUCCGACACGUCUGCCUUAAUCUUGGACUCUGUAUAUCAGCAUUUUCUUCUCAUGCUUUCUACUGGAUGUCAGUGAUUCUUUCAUACCAGGAAUGCCCCUAUGUUUAUUGCUAAGCAUGAAUUCUCACAGGAGAAUUAGAACACUUAUUCCUAUUUUCCCAGUCUCUUGACUGAUUGGUCUUGGGAUUCAGAAAAACACAAAUUUCCCAGAAAAUAUCAGGAAGGACUUCCUGCAUAGAAAUACUAUCCUGGGCUGAGCAGGAUUGGCAAGGCAAAUUGGCUACAGAAAUAAUUACCUAGUAUAUCAUCAGGACCAGUCACUGAUGCUCCCUGGUUUCAGGGCUCUCAGAGCCAGAAGAUCCAAUUGUGGAUCUCAGCUCCAUGCUAGUUCCUGGGUGUGAGACUUUGGGCAAGUUACUUUACCUCUCUGAGCUUCAAUUUAAUGGGUAGGAUGGUGCCUGGAAAUAACAUACUUGUUUUGUGAGGCCAGACUGUCGAAGGGUUAAGUGUGGCUUUAGAGUCAAAUAGAUGGUCUGAGGGUUUGAACCCAUUACUUACUACCUCUUUGAUAUGGGCCAAGUUCUAGCCACUCUGAGCCCCAUUUUUCUCCUCUGUAAAAUGGAAAAACUUCCACUUCAUAGGAUUUGGGUGAGUUUAAAUGAGAUCACAUAUGAAAAUGACUCACACAGAGCAUGGUACAGUCUAAAUACUCAAUAAACGUGGGCCAGAGGAGUUAUCAUCUGCUGUAUCUACCUCACAGGGCUUUUGUGAGGAUGAAAGGAGGGUUAUGUUUGCUUUUUAAGCUGUGAAGUGGUAUCCACAUGCUUCUCUUUCCUUCAGAGAUGGGAUGGUCAGAAGUUACUGGCAGACAUUAGAGCUGGGAGUAAGAGGCCUGGGAAUAGUUACUGAUAUUCACAGAAGGUGGCUGUGUUGAGGAAGAGGUGUCACCAUGGUUACUUGGGAAACAGGGUUUAGUUGCAAUCAAGUGGACAGACUCUGGCAUCGUCUGACUUGGGCACGCUUUGGAGGGUGGAAGGAAAGAAUUUUCAGAAAGAAGCUUUGGAGAAGGGACUGUGUUAAAUAGAAUCUGCUCACUAUAGGUUUGUUUAAUAGGGAUUGGAUCAGGGGAAGGGGACCUGGAUAGAAGGUGGUGAGGGGGUUCUUUGACUAUUGUCUGAAGCCCUGUCAUUGGCUAAUCCUAGGAAACAAUCCUCUUAGCUGGGCCGUGCAUCCGGUUCCUGCCAUGUGUGCACCUACGAUGUUCAUUCAUUCCCCAGACUAUAAACCAAACAUGGAUCAAAGAGCUCUCCAGAGAUGAGCUCAUGUAAUCCUGGCAGCAGCCCUGAAAAGUGAAUACUAGCACAAUUUCUGUUUUACAGACAGGGGCUUGGAGUCUGGGAAUUAAGUCCAUGGCCCCAAGUCAUACAGCCUAUUUGUGGUCGAGUCAAGAUUCAGGCAAGAGUCCAAGCCCUUAGUCCCCACCAGUCCAGCUUAACUCAUGGGAUGCCAGAUGCUGAGCUUGAACAAGGAAAAAGGAAACACAAAUGUAUGGGGUUUAGCGCCUAACUGGCCUCCUCUCUGGCCUUCUAUGACAGCUCUUUCUCUUUCUCCUUCCCAAUAUUACUCCUACUUUUCUGGACACUGUUUCUUUGCUUCCAGAGACAUUUUUCCUGUGUAACCCUUAAGUCUGCGUCCUUCAGGCCCCAUUCCUUGGACUCUUUUAUCUUUCUUUUGCACAUACAGGUGUGUGAGGGAUCCUCCUGAUGAUGCCCACAGCUUUGGCCAUGGGUCACCUCUCCAAUCCCAACUGCCCCUCUGAGCACCAGCUCAAUCCAGCCAACUACCUCUUUGACAUCCCCCUCUGAGGUUCCAGGCUCUCAGCUGAAUUCAUCAGCUCUCCAUUAACAUACACCUUCCCCCAAGUCCCCCUUCUUCCUUACCAUGGCCUCUUAGUUUCAAGUACUGGUGUAGUGAUAGGGAAUCCAAGAAGCCUGAAUAGACAGAGCCUCAUGAAUCCAUUCCUGGAAUUAGAUGUGGAUUGUAGGGUAUGUUCUCUGAGAGCUGUCAACAAUUUGCAGGUGAACUUGGAGGGUGGAAUUCAUCAUUUAAUUAGCUGUGUCCUAAGUGCCUGGCAGUGUGCCAGGUCCAGUAGCAGGGAUGGAGGACAACAUUCAGGAGUGAAACAAAUGGGAUCCCUGGCUUUAGGGAGCUUUCAGGCUACUAGAGAAGAUGGCAUUAGGAAUCCUCCCAAAAUAUAAACUAUUACAAACUGUGAUAAAUAUCAUGAAGCAAAAGUCGAGGAGCUAUGAAAGAAUAUAAUAGGUCUGUAUUAGGUCAGAGUGGGGGUCAAAAACCAUUUUGAGAAAUGAUAAUUAUUGUAUCACUGAGAACUGAGUUGGGGGAAGAGAAGUCCUUAUAAAGGCAAUAGUAGGUGUGCGCAUGAAGACCCAGGGGUGAGCAAGAACUGGUAUGUUGGGGAACCUGAAAGGCAGCCAUGUCAAUGGAUCAAUGAAGCCGAGUAUGCUGGCCGUUAUAAGACUGGUAAAGAUAAGACUGGACAGGCUGGCUGGGGGGAAGGGGGUGGCAGGUGCCUUGUGGGUCAUGUUAAGGAGCCUGGAUUCUUUGGGUUAACUUUUUAUUUGGAAAUAAUUUCAAAGUUACAAAGAGAGGUGAAUAGUACAAUGGGCAUCUGUCUGUCCUUUGUCCCAAAUUCACCUGUUAAAAUUACCAAUUCUUUCUCUGUAUGAAGUGUUAUAUGUGACCCUUAUUUUGAACUAUAAUGCAAAACAAUAUCUCAUUUACCAACCUUUUUGUCAAUUAGCUCAAUAAUGUCCUUUACAUAGCAUUUUCCCUCUAGUCCAGAAUCCAGUCCAGAAAUGAAGUGAUGCAUUCCAUUGUUAUUUCUCUUUAGUCUCCUUUAAUCUGGAAUAGUUGGCUUUGUCUUCUAUGACAUUGACAUGAUGGAAAAAUUUAGUUUUCCCCAUUAAGAGAAUGUUCCUCAUUUGUCCUCUAUUUCUUCAUCACACAUUCCUGCUGGAAGAUAAUAGAAAUGUUACUGUGUCUUUCCCGGUGAGACAACAAAAGGCAUACACAGUCUAUCUCCUCCUCCUUGGUGAUUUAAAUUUUGUCUGAUUAAGCUGUACUUACUGGUUUUCCCUUGUCACUGAUAAGCAAUCAGGGAGAUAGUUACAAAUGUGCAAAUAUCCUAUUCCAGAGAUUACUAAGUAGAUGAGAUUUAAUAUCCAACGAGGCUUCUUGCCUGGAGCAAAUCAGUGUUAGGAGGGUUACAGAAUGGCUUCAGCGCUCUCUCCCCUUGACAUUUUUCUGCCUAUUUAUUUAUAUAUUUAUUAUUAGCAGGGACUUUUGGGUUCCUACUGCUUUCCAAUAAUCUUAGUUAUUAACCUUAAUUAUUUUGGUGCUCAAAUUAUCUCAGAUUUGGCCUCUUAGGAGCCUCUUAAAACUAGAAGCCUGGAUUUUACCCUGCUUUGGUAGAGUGGCAUGGUUCAAUUUGCGUAUUAGACUCUGACUGUGUGUAAGAAUAUGUUGUAGGGGCUCAGAGGAGGAAGCAGGAAGACCCGGCAGGUGGCUCUUGUGUAGUCCAGGUGGGAUAUGUGGCUUAGAUCAGAGAAUGAAUUUGGAUGUUCAAGAAACUUGGGCUAUAGAAUCAGUGGGAACUCAUGGUGUGGGAAAGUGCAAGUGGACAGAGAGGGAAUGACCAGGAAGAGGCUGGGUGGUUGGUGGAGAUAUUUACUGAUAUGGGGAAGAUAAGCAGAGUAAGGGAUUCAGUUGAGAUGGGUAUUUUUAGAUAGUUGAGUUUGAGAUGUCUUUGACAUUCAGGUGAAGAUGUCAAGUAGUAAUUGGAUAUGUUUUGUUCUGGAGAGAAGUCCAGAGCAGAGGACAAUUUAGGAGUUGCCAUGUAUGGGUGAUUUUUGAAUGCAUGGUCCUGGAUGAAAUGCUGUAAGUAUAGUGAGGAAAGAGAGAGGCAAGACUAGGAAUCCUAAGGGAGUUCACUGUUUGGAGGCAUGAUGUGUGUAGCAGGAGAUGGCAAUGGAGAGAUGGGGGGCCAGGUUGUGUGAAGCCUAUAAUGUCAGACCAAAUACUGAGGGCUAUGGGGAACCACUGAAGAGUUCUGAGUAGAGGAGUGAAUGCCACAGUAUGAUCUGAGAUUUAGAAAGACUGUUCUGACAGCCAAGUAAAGAGGGAGAGUCAUGGCAGUGGCUAACACUAUGGUUCUUUCUAAAGUAAAUUUGCUAUCCUCUUGCCACUGACGAUUGUUCAGAUGGAUCCCUGUGUCUGGAAUGCCCUCUCCUUAUCCACCUGGGCACAAAAGAUGACCAACACAUCUGCCUCAGUGCUAUUUCUCAGCCUCUGGUAAUGAUAGCAUCCCUCAUCUCCCUGGUUCAUUCUAGCUGGAGCUGCACAGCUUCCCUCUGGGAUCUUUUCUAAGCCAGGUGCAUUGUAGGUGGAAGCUGAUCCUGAGGUUUGCGGGAGUCUGUUUGGUCACUGUGAUUCUGUGCCCUCACAUGCUUUGAGUUCAGUGUAGUCUGUCAGCCAGGCAACCAACCACCCAUUCAAAGUAUGCUGUCCUGUCUGCACCCCUGCACAUGCCAAGGAAAAUGGGCUGAGUCUGGAUGAACAUCCUAGUGCAUCCUUUACUUAUCAGGGGUGGUGCUGUGCAGAAGACCCACAAUCCUGUCUAGAGAAUAUCCACAGCCCAUGGAGACACAAAUAAGCAAAGGUAGAAUUUCAAGAGACCAGAGGGAGGGGCAGAUGUUCUGGAAGGCCAGAAAUGGCAAGAUUAUUACUAGUUGGAGAAAUGAGAGAAAGUUCUCUGGAGAAGGUGGCAUUUGAACUAAGUCUUGAGGACAGAGAGGACUAUUUUCCAUUUCACAAAGGAAACAUUUGAUCAUUCAAGCAGAAGAAAAAAAUAAGGGGAAAAAAUCAAAGCCCUUUUUCCUCAUAUUUUAUUGACAUUGUCCACACAAUCAUUGUCAGUUACAUAAAUAUCCCAUUAGUCAGCUACGUUAUGGUUUGUCCUCUUACUGUUGGAAUAACUCAUUUCCAGGCCUCAAGACAUUGGCUUGGAGCCUGUGGUUGGGUAGUGGGGACAGAAGCAACCCACGACCAAAUGUAACUCAGGAAUCAGUGCUUGAGCCCAUCCACUCAUUCCUUCAUUCAACAAACAUUUAUUAAGGACUCACCUGUCCCAGGUCCUGAGGAUACAGUGAUGAUCAGGACAUAGUUCCUCUUCUAAAGACUGCAAGUCUAAUAGAACAGGAAUCACAGUGGAGAGAAUUUGUUGUAAAGCAUGUGAAAAUGCCACCAUGCAGGCACAUUGUGUACAAGAUGUGGUGCUGACAUAGAGAAAUUGUUACUAGUUGGAGAAAUGAGAACUGGGGUAACUUAACUCAGCAGUAGAUAGCACACCAAGCAGAGCAUGCACAGUGAGGAGGGGGAGGAUUGAGGACACCUGUCAGAGGACCAAGUUCAUGCUGAGUGCCGCUAUAUACCUCUCUGUCAACAGGCUGGAAGGCACAUCUCUCCUACUCUUAAGCUUCUGGGUGUGUGUUUUUUUCUGUUUUCUAUUUCAAGUAUUUCCUUUCUCCAUUUUUUUUAGGGGAGGAAAGGCUAUUUUUAUGCUCUUUUCCAAAAUCUCAACUUAUGUGCUUAAUUCAUUCAUUUUAUUUUUUUUGACCCUAAAAGCAUUUAAUGGUGUUAAUUACCUCUGCAGAUAGUUUUGACUGUAUCCUGUUUUUAAAAUUAUUUUUUAAUGGUUUGUUUUUUUACUCUUGAUUUACUUCUUGUAAUUUGAUAUGCUAUUCAUGUUUUUCCAUUUCUAAGUGGUGUGUUUUAUAUUAUUGUUAGCUGUAUUGCAUUUUGAUCAGAGACUGACUUUUAGAAUUUCCACUUUUCAAAAUUUACCAAAAUAUUCUCUGUAACUUAAUAUUCUUGAAUUUUGUCACUGUCCAUGGAACUUGAAUAGAAGGUACACUAUUUGUUUUCAGGUUAAAAAACUUUGGAUGUUCAUAUCUGCUAUGUCCUUAUUUAUUUUUUGAUUUCUUGUUCAGAAAAUGUAUUAGAAUAUUUCCAAUAAAACUGUUUCUCAUGUUUCUCCUAAUAUAUAUUUUUAAAAUAUUUUUUUAAUCUAUUCAUGAGAGACACAAAAAGGCAGAGACAUAGGCAGAGGGAGAAGCAGGC